UGACAGAUGUGUAUUUUCGUAUUUUUGGUUGCAAUAUUUUUUUGUUUUUUUGUUUAUGUUUAAUUUUUUUUUGAGGAGAUGGUAUGUAACUCCUUCUCGCAUUUGAUCAAGUAUAUAUCAUAUAAAACGAAAGUUAUCAAUUUUGAAAAAUAUUUCUUUGAUGAUCAACAACGGCUUUGUCAUUUCAUUUUAUUGAUUUUAUUUGUUAAAUUGAACAAGACAACAACAACAAUUUGAAAACUUUGGUUGCUGCUCAAUUUUCUUCCUUUGAAUAAAAAUUGAUUUUUGUUUUGAUAUAAAAAACACAUCACAAUGUCUUCUUCGGCACCAAACAGCAAUAAUAAUGAAGGAGGAUAUACACCUGUAAACAUGAAAAACCCAGAUGAAUCGCCGUCAUCUACACAAAAUAAAAAAGAGGAAAAAAUAGAAAGGCUUCAAGAACAUGUUGAAGAAGUAUCGAAUAUAAUGCAAAUGAAUAUCGAUAAAAUAAUGCAACGUGGAUCAAAUCUAGAUAAUUUACAGGAUCGUUCAGAACAUUUAUCAGAAUAUUCUACUGAAUUUCGUGCUGGUGCUCGGCGUGUACAACGAAAAAUGUGGUGGCAAAAUAUGAAGCUCAACAUUAUUAUCGGUGUUGUUGUGGCCAUUAUAUUGAUCAUCAUAAUUGUUUCAGUAACUUCGAAAUGAUACCGAUCAUGUUUGCGCAUAUCUUGUUGUUGUGUCCGCUGUCUGGUUCGAUAUUUUUUUAUUGGAUUUUCUUUCGAUUAUUACCCUAAUAUGCUAUAUAUUUUCCAUAUACGAUUCCGUGUCUGCCAGGAAUUUUAAUUUUUGUAAAAAAAUGGAAUAAUUUUCACUUACAAUUUAAUCAAACAUGAUUCGUAAAAUUUGAUCCUGAAAAAACAACAGAAAUGAUAAAUUUGAAUAAAGAAAAAACUUUGAAUCAAUCAAUCAUCAACAUACAUAGAGUAUAUCAACAGAAUAUUGAUAUUUCGUUCCAUAAUAAAUGGCCAAUUUUCGUGCAAGCAA